AAAACCCGAUCUAAAACUUGCGCCGAACAAAAUUUUUAUUUAUUGCGCAAGUGGCUUUGGUUUAGACCUCGCGUGAACUAAGGCUGGAGCAGUGUUUAAAACAUUAAUAAAAUGUGGAAAUAUAUGGUCUUGUAUUUAUAUAUGGCUGCAGGUUUAGUUGCAGGCGAGUGGCAUCCCCAAGACUAUGGCCAAAGUCAAGCCAGUGUGCCAUCAGAUCAGAGGUCGGCCUUACCACCGGUUUUUACUGAACAACUUGCAAACAUGCCACGUGCUAGACCUUGUCGACGCCGGAAUUUCGGAGAUCCUACGGCGCCUACUGAUUCCGGGUGGAUGCCACUACCAUAUGGUCGACCUCCAAUGGCUCAACAAUUUCAACAAACUGGUAACCAACCGUUUCGACCUCAACUCAAGCCCCAAUCCUUAACGGAAUCUCCAGCUGUUGAUAACAAAAACCUCGAAGCAGAUCAGGUGGAUCGGAAGUCGGAAUAUCCCGACAAAGUAGUUGAAUUUGUUGAGAAAAGCUCGGUUCUAAAUCAAAUGUCAUCAAAUGACAAGAAUAAAAUAUCUAAUAAUGAUUUCUUGGAUACCGCGGGAGACCAUGACCCCAGACCUGCUAUUGUAGAUAAAAGGGGUUAUCAAGACCCAGAUCCAGUGCCAGAUUCUAUUGAUCAUUUAGACUCACAUGAACAUGACACUUUGGAAUGUGGAGAAAACGGCGAUGUAGUCGCAGACUCACGAAGCGGCAAUCCUGAAAUGCAAGAUGGUAUCAGUAAAAGUUCAAAAUCGAGUAUUGAAAUGCGUGAUCAGGCUGCAAAGCUUCUUGAUGAUUGUAUUCAUGCAUCUAGACGUUCUAUGCCAGAUUAUGAAUUGGAUUCAAGAAGAGUCAGCCCUGAUAGUUUGUCAUCUGUGGAGGAUAAAACCGGUACAGACAUUACGUUAAGAACAGUACCAUUAAGAAAUACUAAAACGAACGUAUUAAAGCCAAUAUUAACACCGAACACAAUAAUAACACCGCCUAAAAAUGUAAUAGAUAAGAAGUAUUACCUGCAGAACCCUGCAAAGAAUGCUGGUAAAUGGAGCGAUGAGAGACAAAUGUCAUUGAUAGAGAAUGGUAAAACUUGCUACGCAUGCAGCACACAUCAUGACCCCUCCUGUUGGAAAACAAAUGCAACUACAACGAUCAAAUAUUGCAACAGGGAUAAUAAUGCGUGUCUUACGAAAAUGUACAAAAUAGACGGAAAAUCCAUUCUAAUCCGCGAUUGCGGCCACACUUGCAAUGAGGACGAAGGGUACAAUAUCGGACAGAAAAUGGUUUCGUGCAGCAUGUGCCAUUCCGACAUGUGCAACAGUGCCUAUGGCGUGCAUAGCCUAAAUGUCCUUUUAGUAGGCUUUCUUGUGGCUGCUAUCAAAUUUACUUUACAAUAAUAUCGUGUGGGUGAAUCCGUGCGAUUUACUGAUAUAAUAAAUA